GAUCCAUACUGGAGAGAAACCAUACAAGUGUGACAUUUGUUCAAAAACUUUCCGACAAGGAGGAACUAUGAAUAGACAUAAAAAGGUUCACUUCAGAUAAAGGGUGGAUAAUGCACGAUACCAACCACACAAACUAUCACUCCACCUAUGGCUACAAUAACGCUGCAUUGAAGUCUGCAAUUAAACAUAAUACAACAGUUACAUUAACACAACCUUCUCAUACAAGAACCAACAGGCCAAAUGAGGAUUUAAGAUGUCAUUUGUGUUUGAAAACAUUUGGUAAAAGGCAGCAUUUGGGUUACCAUAUGAAUAUUCAUACUGGCGAGAAGCCUUAUAAAUGUGAUAAGUGUAGCGCAGCAUUCCAUCAGCCAGGACAUCUGCAUUAUCAUAAGAAGAAAAACCACUUACAGUCAAUAGAACAGUAUAUAUGAUAUAUAUAUAUAUCAUUAGCGGAUCUAGACGGGGGCGUUGGGGGUGCACACUCAGAAUUUUAACUGGAAAUAGAUGGUCAUUGAUCAUCAAUAAUGUAUUGCAUACAUUGAAAUCAGACCCGGGAAUCAAGUAGACGAGUAGAUCAAUGACAGUAGUGUUUCAGUCAGGCCACGUAGAAUGUCAGGGUAUAUAAAAUUAUGUUUCAAAUUAGAUUACCAUAAAAAUCAUUGAGCAAACAGCUUGAUUUCAUUUUUUGACAUGCUCAUAAAGAUUUUAUCAUUAAAUAUCACUCAAGAUUGUGGUGCCUUAAACUUGUUUUUUCUGAAAAAAUAAUGCACUGAAAUACUUUAAUAUAGAAAUCAAAUAUGUUAUCAGAAAGAGGAAACUUUUAG